AUGAAUUUCGUUUUUCCAGAAGAUGACAGAAUAAAAGGCAUUCCGCAGCGUACGGAAUGGAGUCGGCCUCCAAGUUCUACGCAAUCAAGGCUUGGUCGUAGAAAUAUACAAAGAAAUGAGUCUUAUCAACAACAAUUUCUUCAAAAACUACGAAAAGCCUUUGAAGAAGCGGAUCCUGAUAACCUUGGGUACUUGGACCAAUCUAGAUGGGAUUCUUCAGGAAUAAGACAAAUUAUUCACGACGGAACUUUAAAUCGACCAGAAUUUUCCUUAUUUUUCAAAAGAAUCGAUGCAACAGCAGAAGGAAAGAUAUCAUGGGGUAAGCUCGUACACUAUUUACUGAAAGAAACAAAUGGUAGCGAUUUCAAAAAGUCAGGAGAAGCAAUUCAAUUCAUUCGCAAGUGGCCAACACCUCCUCAGAACAAAAAUCAGAGUCAUCGCGAAAUGGUAUGCCAAAUACUUGCAUCUUAUAAGACAAACGAAUACAUAACUAUAUCUUCCGACUCAGUCAGAUUUUGGAAUUGCAGUGAUCUUGCGUAUAAACGUGUAAUCAAUGAUACAUCACUUUUCUGUUGUGGUGUUGUAUUCAAUAACACAAGUACACUCGCUUUAGCUACUACAAAUAGAAGAUUAUUAUUUUAUGACAUUGAAACUUUGAAUAGACUUCCAAUAGAAGUAUGUGCAUCUCCUACAGCAAGAAUGAUUAAGAAUAUGACACAAGAUCAGUCAAAACAGACAUUAAGAACGUUGAAAUCUUCAGACAUGCCAAUGUUCAAUGUUCCAUCUGCAUUAUGCAUUGCAGAGAAUUCAAUUGUGUCAGAAUACGAUGUACCGUUCUUUGUUGGCGAUGAUCAAGGACAGAUUGAAGUAUAUAACCUUUCAUUACCAAAAAGAAGGUCAGGGACCGACUUCCAUAUAAACAGAAUAACUCAUGUUAAACUACAUCGUGGAAAAAUUACUCAAGUUGACGUUAUUAACGCAACAACAUACGCAACUUCAAGUUUGGAUAUGAGAGUUGUCUUUUUCACUUAUUCACCACAUUCAGCAACAAUCCAACAGACACAAGUUUUCAAAGAUAAUGAGCCAAUCUGUUGUUUCGUUUACAAUUUGACACAAAAGUGCCUGACGACUUGUGGAAUCUCCAGAGAUGCUUAUAUAUGGUCACACGGUAGUGGCAAGAAGAUUUCAAAGCUUGGAGGACACUACAACCAAGUUGUCAAAAUUGUAAAUUACACAACGACCACGAAAGAGAAUUAUAUCGUAUCAAUGACUAAUAAAAAGGAAUUCAGACUCUGGGACGCUUCAAGUUAUCGAUUAAUGAAGGAAUGGACAGAUCCAGCAGUAUUACGUCCAGAAAACCACUAUUCCGCCUUGUUUUUCGAUCCGCAUCGCAAUCAGCUGAUAAGUGCGGCAUCAUUCCCCGUAAAAUGGGCUGAAGAUAUGUCUUCCAAAAACGACCAAUUUGAGAAAACAACUCAUUCGCGUACUAUCGUCGGAGUUUUCUCGGCACCGGAAUUUGACCAAGUAGUGACUGUUGAUACUGUCUGUGCUAUCAAAGCGUGGAAUAUUUCAACAGGAACUUGCGAAAUGAGUCACAUUGAGCCAUUGGAUGACAAAUACUCAGAAAUAUCAGCUGCAACAUUGGAUUGUAAGGGAAGAACUCUUAUAACUACAACUUUUUCCAAUAAAGUUGCACAAUGGAAUUAUAAUUCUGGAACUCGCAUCGCAGAUCAUAAUUUAGUUGGUGCAAAAUCAUUAGUAUCAGUAAUGAAGUGCUUCUCUGCCCAAGGAAAAGAUUAUUUGAUAAGAGCUGGCUGGGAUAAAACAAUUUGGCUCUACAUCGAACUCGGCCAAGUCUGGGAACUCCUCAGAUCAUACACAGGACACACACACGAUAUCAGCGAAGCAAUAGGAUUCAACGGCGGAGUUGUCAGUGGAACAGUAAACGGAGAAAUCUUAUGUUGGUCAUUCGAUACGAACGUUCCAGUUGCAGCUUGCGCAUUAAAACCAGCUACAGGAGUAGAAGUUAUGCGCACAAUUGAUAAUACAUUGUUAAUUGGUGAUUCAACAGGAAAUUUACACAUUAUGACAUUACCAAGGCUUGAAUUCGUCAAAACACUGCAUGCUCAUGAGAUAACUGCCAGACAUUCAUUGACAACAAUUACAAUUGACCAUGAAAACGAAUUUUUAUUCACAGGAGAUACACUUGGAUACGUUAAGAAGUGGAAGAUUAAGAAGAUAGGAGACACAAUUGGCCUUGAAGGUGUCGAUAUCCAUCGUUGUCAUAGAGAUGAAAUUACAGCGAUCGUAUUAGUCAAAGAAAACAAAGUUUUGGUAACGUGCGGUACAGAUAAAUGCGUAAGACUUUACGAUGCAUCCGAUUUCACGUAUAUUGGAUUCUUUAGUGAUGAAACUAAAUGGAAUUAUGAAGAUAAGACAACAUGGGUUAACGAAGCACCUUUCCUUACAGACGAAAGACACUUUAAGAAAGGUGCCUUGAUUUUUGGCCAAUCGAAUAACUCUGUUAUUGGAUUUGGAGAUUUAAGUUCAGAUGAUUUGCAUUCUAAGUCUUCCCAGAGCUUGAAAUCGAUGUUAGGAGCUGUUUCUUCACCAGAAAAGCCAAAGAAACAGUCACUUUCUGAAUACGCUGCCGAGUUUUACAAAAAAGAGGAAGAAGAAAAACAGAAAAAUUUACAAAAAGAAAAAGAAAAGAAAGUUGAACCGAAAAUCACAGAUCCUGACUACGAUUACGGAAAGAUUAUACGAAUAAUUGAUGACUACAUGGAUAAUCCACCAAACUAUAUCCCUCAAAGCCUUCCAAACAUGAUUGAAAACGAAAACAUCAGAUAUCAGCCAUUGAAACCUAUUCCUGAGCUGAUGCCACAUGCGAGACCAAAUGAACUCAUGAUGACAAUCAAGAGUUUACUGCCUGAUGAAACGCCAAAGGUUGAAAAAAGGAAAAUUAAAAUGCCUAUUUUAGUUCAACCACAGAAUAACUUUAGGAGAGCAUCUACUCCAAAGACUUCAAGAAAAUAUUGUGAUUGA